GACCAACCUUUCCCCUGUGUCUGAUUCAAACAAUUGGAUAUGGAGCUACGCCAGUUUUUCAAACCCCUUAGUCUCAACAGCAAUGUGUGGGCAGUGUAUGGAGUUGUCACUGUUGCUGCAUCUACUUCGUCGACGGCACACCAUUUCUCAUCUGCACCAACACCAACACCAGACCAUCGGACAGCGAGCAUGAAGACUCCAUCAAUCGAACAAUCGUUGCUCUUCCCCUACAGUCUCGACACUUCAGACCUGGCCACAACACUACUCAGCAAAACGCGAGCGAGCGGUCCGUGGCCAACGUCCUUGACGAGUUAUAAAAAUGAAAAACUAGUGGCAAAUCCGACACCAAUAUCUACGAUCAACGCAUCCGAGAAGAGAGAUAGCGAGGGGAUGAGCGUCGGUGUCAAAGUCGGCAUCGGUCUCACACUUGGUGUUCUUGCCUCUGCUCUUGCAUUCUGGUUGAUAUUCGAUUCAUGUUAUCUGAGAAGGAAAAGACGCGAAAGAGCGAUGAUGAAUGCGGUGGAAGAAGUGGUGCGAGCAGACAUACAGGAAAGCCAGGAGCGCAUAGUGCUGGAGAGUCGAGUCUCGAUUGUGUUUAAUGAUGAUACUGCUAGCGAAGAGGUCAAUGUCGAUAUGCCGAGGAAUGGUAUGUCGCUCCCACGAAGAGACAGGGACUAAUAAGGGUACAAACAAUAACGCGAUGAUUGAUAUCCACGAUUAUCUUUCAUCAUUUGAGAACGACGAAAAAACCAUAACCGGUGGGGCGUGAUAGAGUGCAGCAUAUAAGGAAAGGUACCCCAUCUGUUACUUUGGGCAUGUCAUCGAACCUAUAAUCCACUGAUAGUUUUCUGCGAGAGCUCGCUGUCUAUGGCUUCCUACUAUCAGAGUCAGUGUGUUCUUCUUUCAGUGUACUUUCCGGUUCAAUUCGUAUUUGUUGUAUUGCUAGAAGUGGCCCUUCAAAUCAAGAAACGAG